CCCCUCGGCGGCAGUUGGCAACACUUCUUUAAGUUACUUGUCAAACUUACUGUCAAAAUUUCACAAAUGUCUUGCCUUCUGUCUGUCAAGUACCUUUUCUCUUUCAGCUUAGCCUAAAGAUGGGUAUCAGCCGUGAUCAUUGGCAUAAGCGGAGGGCUACGGGAGGCAAACGCGCUCCCAUCCGUAAGAAGAGGAAGUAUGAGUUAGGUCGCCCGGCUGCCAACACGAAGCUUGGUUCCCAGCGUAUUCAUUUAGUACGCUCCCGCGGUGGCAACAUUAAGUACCGCGCGCUGCGCCUGGACACUGGAAAUUUUUCUUGGGGUUCAGAAUGUGCAACUCGCAAGACCCGUAUCAUUGAUGUGGUAUAUAAUGCGUCCAACAAUGAGUUGGUGCGUACCAAGACCCUGGUGAAGAACGCCAUUGUUGUUGUUGACGCCACCCCUUUCAGACAGUGGUAUGAGUCUCACUAUCUGCUGCCACUCGGAAGGAAGAAGGGAGCUAAAUUGACUGAGGCAGAAGAUGCCAUUAUCAACAAGAAACGCAGCAAGAAGACCGCUAAGAAAUAUGUAUCAAGGCAGCGCCUAUCCAAAGUUGAAGCUGCUCUUGAAGAACAAUUCCACACUGGUCGUUUAUUAGCGUGCGUAUCCAGUCGGCCUGGCCAGUGUGGCCGUUCUGAUGGGUAUGUGCUCGAGGGUAAGGAACUAGAGUUCUACCUGAGAAAGAUCAAAUCCAAGAGGGCGAAGUAAAGUGUAAUGUAAAAUAAACAUAAAAACUCAUAA